AUGGGAGACAUCCUCGUGGAAAACACCACCAACGACGUCCCUCCCCACAAGAAGAGCGCCCCGUCAACCAUCCCCAACAUUGACAACUUCGAGGGCGUGCCAACAGACGGCGACAACUAUGCGACCCUGAAGCGCCUGCAACGGCAGCUCGAGUUCAUCAAGCUGCAAGAGGAAUACAUCAAGGAUGAACAGAGGAGCCUGAAGCGCGAGUUGGUGCGCGCCCAGGAGGAGAUCAAGCGCAUCCAGAGCGUGCCGCUAGUCAUCGGCCAGUUCAUGGAGGCCAUUGACCAGAACACCGGUAUCGUUCAAUCCAGCACGGGAUCCAACUAUGUGGUGCGCAUCCUAUCGACACUCGACCGCGAGCAGCUCAAGCCCUCCUCAUCUGUUGCCCUACACCGGCACUCGAACGCGCUCGUCGACAUCCUUCCUCCCGAGGCCGACUCAUCCAUCGCCAUGCUCCGCGCCGAGGAAAAGCCCGAUGUUACAUACGCCGAUGUUGGUGGUCUCGACAUGCAGAAGCAGGAGAUCCGCGAGGCCGUCGAGCUCCCUCUGACCCACUUUGACCUGUACAAGCAGAUCGGUAUCGACCCGCCACGCGGUGUGCUUCUGUACGGUCCGCCGGGUACCGGCAAGACCAUGUUGGUUAAGGCCGUCGCCAACUCCACGACCGCCAACUUCAUCCGCGUCGUCGGCUCCGAGUUCGUGCAGAAGUACCUUGGUGAGGGUCCGCGCAUGGUGCGCGACGUCUUCCGCAUGGCCCGCGAAAACGCCCCAGCCAUCAUCUUCAUCGACGAGAUCGAUGCCAUCGCGACAAAGCGUUUCGACGCCCAGACUGGCGCCGACCGUGAAGUUCAGCGUAUUCUGCUUGAGCUACUCAACCAGAUGGACGGCUUCGACCAAACCUCCAACGUCAAGGUCAUCAUGGCCACCAACCGCGCGGAUACCCUCGACCCGGCGCUUCUGCGCCCGGGCCGUCUCGACCGCAAGAUUGAGUUCCCCUCGCUUCGGGACCGCCGUGAGAGGCGGUUAAUUUUCACGACGAUUGCUUCCAAGAUGAGCUUGGCGCCCGAGGUCGAUCUGGAUUCUCUCAUUUGCCGAAAUGAUCCCCUUAGUGGUGCCGUUAUUGCGGCGAUUAUGCAGGAGGCCGGUCUGCGUGCCGUGCGCAAAAACCGGUACCAGAUCCUGCAAUCGGAUCUGGAGGAUGCGUAUAGCAGCCAGGUCAAGGGGACGAGCGAUGAGAAUAAGUUUGACUUCUACAAAUGA